GAGAAGGGAGUGAGCGAGCGAGCGAGCCAGGCGGCAGGCACCGUCCGCGCGAGGAGCAGGCGAGCGGGAAGACGCAGCCCACCUUCCUCACCGAGCCAGCCGAGAGCGGUUUUGUUUUCUAUCUCGGGAGUGCGCCAAUGCCUGGUCCGACCCAAACCCUGUCCCCAAAUGGCGAGAACAACAACGACAUCAUCCAGGAUAACGGGACCAUCAUUCCUUUCCGGAAGCAUACAGUGCGCGGGGAACGUUCCUACAGCUGGGGAAUGGCGGUCAAUGUGUAUUCUACCUCGAUAACCCAAGAGACUAUGAGCAGACAUGACAUCAUUGCAUGGGUUAAUGACAUAGUAUCUUUAAACUACACAAAAGUGGAACAGCUUUGUUCAGGAGCAGCCUAUUGCCAGUUCAUGGACAUGCUCUUUCCAGGCUGCAUUAGUUUGAAGAAAGUAAAGUUUCAAGCAAAGUUGGAACAUGAGUAUAUUCACAAUUUUAAACUUCUGCAAGCAUCCUUUAAGCGAAUGAAUGUUGAUAAGGUUAUUCCAGUGGAGAAGCUAGUGAAAGGACGUUUCCAGGACAACCUGGAUUUUAUUCAGUGGUUUAAGAAGUUCUAUGAUGCUAACUACGAUGGGAAGGAGUAUGAUCCCGUAGAGGCUCGACAAGGGCAAGAUGCAAUUCCACCCCCUGACCCUGGUGAACAGAUCUUCAACCUGCCAAAAAAGUCUCACCACGCGAACUCUCCCACAGCAGGUGCAGCUAAAUCAAGUCCGGCAUCUAAACCUGGAUCCACACCUUCUCGUCCCUCAUCAGCCAAAAGGGCUUCGUCCAGCAGCUCAGCAUCCAAAUCUGAUAAAGAUUUAGAAACACAAGUCAUACAGCUUAAUGAGCAGGUACAUUCAUUAAAACUGGCCCUUGAAGGUGUGGAAAAAGAAAGGGAUUUCUACUUUGGAAAGUUGAGAGAGAUUGAGCUACUCUGCCAAGAACAUGGGCAGGAAAAUGAUGACCUCGUGCAGCGACUAAUGGAGGUUCUCUAUGCUUCAGAAGAACAUGAGGGCCACACAGAAGAGCCGGAAGCAGAAGAGCAAGUCCAUGAACAGCAGCCUCCGCAGCAGGAAGAGUAUUGAACCGUCUCGGCAGCUCUUGACACUUCCAUUUUGUGUGGGAACUUUUCUUCUGGAGAAUUGGAACAUGUGUGGCCUCAAGCUCAACAGAAACCAGUUGUUUCCGAUCUGCCGUUAGCAUCAACACACUGUUGCAUCCGCCAGCCACUGCGCUCGGUUCCCAUUUACUUUGCCAAGAUGCGUUAGCAGAUGGCAGUUCUGGCCGUCUACCUGAGAGAUUGUAGGGUCACAUACCUUCAACUUCAUCACUUGGCUGCUUCAGAUUGGUUCUGCUCUUUUCUUCAUCUCUGUCCAGAACAACUCUCCCUACCCCUCUACCACCUCUACCACCCCCUUUCUCUCCUGGUGUGAAACAAUGGUAAUUUGGUAUAUGGUAUUUAUAUUGGCAUUUCUCAACCCAGUGUCACUAGUUGUCACAUGCAUUUGUGGUGCUUUGGUGUUUGCAAGUCUAACCUCUGAACGUAAAUUGGGUCAUAUAAGAAAUUGGAACAAAGGGAAACAGAUAGUGGAUAUGAAAGCCAUAUGACAGUGACUUGUUUCAUGGGAGGAAACCCAAUGUCAGUUUCUCCCUCUGCUCACAUCAUAAAAGGGAAAAAAUGAAUUCCAAACAAGGACUUCAGGGCCCGGCAGUGUUCGUUCUUCAGCAUGUUAGACCACCACACAUAAUUGUUUCUUUUGAAAGGCAUUCACUCAAGGAAAACGCCAUCUACACCAUCUCAACUUUGCCCUCUGCCCCGCUGCCCCCGUUCUCCCCCCGCCCCCUCCCCAGGUUCUCAUGCGAUUUUCUUUCUCAGGGUCCUCUUUGGUGGGCAGCCACUUUUCCCGAGAUGCUGUCAUCAUGGUCUGCAGUCCAAAGGGGGUCGGGUAGGUGCAGGUGCUCCUGCCUCUGCCCUUCCCAGCCCUCCUUAGAUGGGUUUCCACCCAAAUCCUGGCAUUCACAAUAGGGGAUUCCUCUUAAAGAAUGGCUUAGGGUGUGCAGCCGGGUUUUUCGGGGUUCUGUGUCAUGUGGCACACUUUCUGGAAGGCUGGAAGUGAAGGUAUGAUGAGUAGAAGCCUAAUUCCAAGGGGCAGCCAUGAUUCUGGGUGUGGACACUGGAAUGACAGCACAGGAAAAUUCAUGACUCCCAGUACCUUCAGAAAUAAGGAAUUUCCCCUCUUGAAUUCAGGGCCCUCUUGUCAUUGACUUACGCUAAACAGUGGCAAUUCAUAAACAUAAGAAACAUUAAUGAAUUAAAAGCAUUCCUUAUUUUUUUAACUAAUAUUUGCACAUUUUCUUAGUCUCUCUUCCAAAUCUUUGCCCUUCCCCUCCCCCUGCAACAGACGGUAUCCCUUCCUGGAUCACUCAUUUCACUUGGUCUCUAACUGAAGAUUUACUUUCACUUAUUAUUUGACUUAGCAGUUGCAACAAAAAACAAGAAACAAAUGUGCCCACCCCACUUUCUGCAUAACUGAAAAGCUAAAAUAAAUGUCUGAAUUA